AUGUCCAUCCAGCGCGAGGCCUGGCUCGGCCAGAACGUGGAAGAGGCCAUCGAUCCCGGUCUGCCCAUCUGCGACCCGCACCAUCACUUCUGGGACCGGGAGGGCGACCGCUACCUGCUGGACCAACUUACGCAGGACCUGGGCGGCGGUCACAACGUCGCGCAGACGGUAUUCAUCGAGUGCCACUCCAUGUACCGGGCCAAGGGGCCGGAGGAAAUGCGGGCGGUCGGCGAAACCGAGUUUGUCCAGGGCAUCUCCGCCCAGAGCGCCAGCGGUCAGUAUGGGUCCACCGAGGUCGCCGCCGGCAUCAUUUCCAACGCCAACCUGAUGCUGGGCGACGCCGUGGCCCCGGUUCUGGAAAGCCACGUAGCCGCCAGCGCCAACCGGUUCCGCGGGAUACGGUUCUCGUGCGCCUGGGACGCCAGCCCCGAAGUCACAGCCGGACGUUCCAGCACACCGGGUAUGCUCGGCGACGCGACUUUCCGCGCCGGUUUCGACCGGUUGCAACGCAUGGGGCUCAGCUUCGACGCGCUGGUGUACCACACUCAGCUUGGCGAACUGGCCGACCUGGCCGGUGCGUUCCCCGACGCAACCAUCAUCCUGAACCACAUUGGUCGCCCGCUGGGCGUGGGUCCCUACGCCGGGCGCCGUGACGAGGUGUUCGCCGACUGGCAGACCGGCAUCUCGGCCGUCGCGACCCACGAAAACGUGGUGGUCAAGCUGGGCGGGUUCGGCAACGUGAUCAGCGGCUACGACUGGCAUCAGCGCGACGUGCCGCCAGGUUCGGAAGAGCUGGCCGAUACCAUCCGGCCCUGGCUGGAUUACUGCAUCGAGCAUUUCGGACCCGAGCGCUGCAUGUUCGAGAGCAAUUUCCCGGUGGACAAGGCUUCCUAUCCGUACACCACGGCCUGGAACGCCUUCAAACGCGUGACCUCAGCCUAUUCGGACGCGGAAAAGGCGGCGAUGUUCCAGGGCACGGCGGUCAGGGCCUACCGUUUGUAG